AUGGAGAAGUAUUCGAGUCUGAAUCCUGAGGAUAAUGCCUCCGUGGAAUCUUUGCUUCAUGGCGGAGAUGAAACUCGCUUGGAAGACGAUGGCUUAGAUAGCUUCACUUUCAAGCACCGCAAUGCGCCUGCUCGCGAUGUUAUUAGAUAUGAGGGGCAGCAACUAGAUUUGCUACCUGUGUAUCUGCCCAAUGGAACCUUGAAUCCUAAAAAACCAGGACACUUCAACAGAAAGUCGACACCCCAGCUUGCCGAUGAUUGGAAGAACAUCAUGCAACGUACGGACGUUAGAGGUGAACUUGGCCCAUUCGCCCAUGAUGACAGCGUCAUCCAACUUGCCGAUGGAUCUGGUUAUUUUGCUACAUUAGCGGUGUUCCAUGGGCUGCAUUGCCUGAAGAGAUUCCAUCACUACAUUCAUCGGGAUUCUUACUACCCUAACAUGACUGAAGAAAAUAACGCGCGCCUUUUGUACCAUACUGUUCUCGAGGAGUUGACGCUUACCGAUUCAAACUCAGAACACUGUGUUGAUUGGUUGAGGCAAUAUGUACAAUGCAACGCCGAUACUACAGUCAUCCCCUUCUACUGGGGAGCUGGACAAAAACAUCCUCUGGCGGUUGAUAAAGCAAAACAUCAAUGUGUCAAAUUGGAGCCCCUCGAGCACUGGAUGGCAGAACAUUCUUUCGACGCCUUCGAGCAAGGUCUACUGGUGCAUCCUAUUUACGGCGGUCCAUAUACCGGAGAGAAGGCGGACACAAUUGGAAUCGCUCUAGGUGAUCAUACUCUGGAGGUCGGGAAUGGUGGACAUUCUCACUAG